AUGUCUUUGGCGGCGAAGUUGCGGCACAUCUCCAGACACUUACCACUCACUACUCGCCACCACUGCAGACAUCAUCACCACAUCCUAUCGCACGCGAGACCUCGUGGUGGCCAUCGCUGGACACUCACCGCCAGCGCCUCAUCCCUGGCCUCCAUCUACUGUUGCUAUCAUUACUUCCGACUCCAUAGCCAUCAACAGUCGCCUCACCCCCGAUGGCUAUCAUCACUACCCAUCGCUACCAUUGAGCGCCUCAAAGACUCGUAUAAUAGCCACAAACCUCUGCACACGACGACUACUACUCCGGAGGAAUGGCUACAACAGUGCCGCCGAUGGCUAUCAUCCCUACCACUGGCCAUACCUAUGGCUACCGUUCAGUGUCUCAGAGACGACAACAAUAACCACAACAAGAACUCCGGCGGCAAUCGACACAAAGGCGUCAACACCGCGGCAGAGGAACGCCUAUUCGAGGCCAUCAAACGCGGGGACACCCCUUCCGUACGCCAGACACUGGCCGACAAAUCGGUGGACAUCCGGGAGUGUCGACACGUCUUAGGCUGGACUCCCCUUAUGGUGGCCGCCGUCAACGGGCGGACAGACAUCUGUGAGCUACUACUGGACGCCGGCGCCGACAUCGACGCCACCGACGACUACUCGAGCGCUCAGAAGAUGUCCUACUAUUACGGCCUUAACUACCUUCGGGUGACACUCACGCGGGAGCAGGACUUCUCGGACAUGCUGUCCACGAGGGUGUCGUUUAGAGGUACCGGUGCCCUACACUACGCGGUGUUAGCCAACAGCAAGCCUACAGUGGAACUCCUACUCGCGAGAGGUGCCAACCCUUCACUGGAGAACGAAAUGGGACACAAGCCGUACGACUACUGCAAACAAGAGGCCCAGGAGAUGGGCGACCGGCUCCGGGAGGCCGAGGGUCAGUACGAGCGGCGCCUAAAGCAACGGCAACUCGAAGAGCGCCAACGCUUCCCACUGGAGGACCGCAUCAAAGAGGUGAUCGUUGGCCAACAGUCGGCCAUACAGUUGGUCUCGUCAGCCAUACGACGCCGGGAGAACGGCUGGUACGACGACGAGCACCCGCUGGUGUUCCUAUUCCUUGGCAGCUCCGGGAUCGGUAAGACCGAGUUGGCUAAACAGGUGGCCAUGUAUUUGCACCCUAAGGACCAGCGCCGUGGGUUCAUACGCAUGGAUAUGACCGAGUAUCAGGAGAAGCACGAGGUGUCCAAGUUUAUAGGGGCGCCGCCCGGGUAUGUGGGCCACGACGAGGGCGGGCAGCUGACGAAAGCGCUCCGGGAGUGUCCCAAUGCGGUGGUGCUGUUCGAUGAGGUGGAGAAGGCGCACAAUGACGUCCUGACGAUACUGCUGCAGCUGUUUGAUGAGGGACGGCUAACGGACGGCAAGGGGAAGACCAUCGAGUGCAAGGACGCCAUAUUUAUAAUGACCUCAAACCUGGCCAGCGAUGAGAUCGGCGCCUACGGCCAGCAGUUGCGCAAAGCGGCCGACGACGUAACCAAAGCCCGACUCACCAGCGGCUCAUCGCUCGACACCGUGGAGGACGUGUCCAAGCAGUUUAAGGAGCAGGUGAUCCGUCCGAUACUUAAACAGCACUUCAAAAGGGAUGAGUUCUUGGGUCGGAUCAACGAAAUGGUGUACUUUUUGCCGUUCAGUCGCCAGGAGUUGAAUGAGUUGGUGGUCCGGGAGUUGCGGUUUUGGGCGGAACGGGCGAAACUCCGGCACCAGAUGUCGCUCACGUGGGAUAAGCGUAUCGUAGGGCUGAUAGCCGACGAGUAUAACGUCCACUACGGCGCCCGUAGUAUCAAACACGAGGUCGAGGGCCGGAUCAUCAAUAAGAUUGCGUUCGCGCACGAGUCGCAACUCAUUAGACCCGGCGCUGACAUACAUAUCACGGUCGAGGAGGGCUGGGAUGACGAGCUGAAGGCCGAGGAGGCGUCCAAAGCGAUGGCCGGCGUUAAGGUGGUCACCCAUGAGGACAGUCUGAGGGGUGAUAGCAGUGGUGGUGAUCCUGAGGGUGACGGUGAGCCGCCGGUCGAGACCAAAGUCAAGACAUUGGAUCAGAAGAUUAAACUGCAGUUAAGGGAUAAACAGAGGGGUAAUAAGGAGGUGUUCAUCGAUGUACCGGUUAAUGAGAAAAUGAAGGCCAAGACUAAUGUUAAGAAGUUUUAGGGGG